AUGGAGCGUCAAUUGUGGGGGCGGGGCGGGGGGGAGGGCGGCGGUUGUUUGGUGUCGCUCGUUGGCGAGGAGGUGGACGAGGUGGACGUGGUGGUGGAGAUGAGCGACGAGGAGAUGUUCUUGCGCUAUGAUUAUGAUGAUCCACCUCCAGCUUCUCCUCCGUCACACGUCUCCACUCACAGCAGCCCAGCGACUCGCAGGGAGGACUGGUCCUGUCGUGUUAGUAUUCCGCUCACUGUGACUAGACCAAAUACUGGAGUGAACGUGGGAUUGAGAAGCCCAAAACAUCGUACACGGGCUAAAACAGUAAUGAAGCUCAUGGAAACAGGUGAGAAGGAUGGGGAGGAGAGCCCUUCGGAGAGGAAGCGAAUCAUGAUUGGGCCAAAUUAUCAGGCCGUGGUGCCUGAGAGAGCAGAACACAGAGACUCAGCCGUGGUUGCAGGGGAACGCCAGUGGGAGUCUCUGCUGUGGGAUCCGUCAGUGCUGCCCGAGACGACCGUUGCCUCCUUCCUGCUCCACGCGCAGAGCAGAGGAGGGGACGAUACCUACAGAGUGUGCGACGACGAGGAGGCUCUAUGGCAUCUGAUGCGUGCACAUUUUGACUCACGGGAGGCGCUGAAGAGAAUGUCGUUUGCAGUCAAGAAAGAUAUUUCUCCUCUGUGUGGAUGGAGUAAGGUAGAGCAGAGGAAUUUUGAGGUUGGGAUGAGAAUGUAUGGCAAGAAUUUCCGCCUCAUACAGUCCAGUAAGGUGCGUACACGCUCCGUGGGCGAGUGCGUGUGCUUCUACUACCUGUGGAAGAAGGAACUCACCAAUGCGCUGCCCCCCUCCGUCCCCCGUGGCCCCGGCCGCCCCCCCCGCCGGCGCCGCCGCCCCCCGCCACAAAGAGACCCCCCGCGCUGGGGCUCGGUGAGACGAACUCUGGGCCCUGCCCUCCUCCCACACGUGACCCUGAUGGCGCUGGGACCCAGGCAGUGGCGCGAGGGGGAGCCCCCCUCACACACGGACAUGAGCUGAUGGAUCACGUGACCAGCGGUCGGGCAUCCUGCCUGAGUCACAUGAUGUGCGUUCCGUAAUCAAGUGACCAGGAACCUUGGGGCCCUGAAAACAGAACUCUCACCCUCACCAAGCGUAGGGAAUCCAUGGAACAAUCUCCGACUUCAAUUCAACGAAAUGACAAACUGUAUUUAUGCACCACUGCAGGUAUCUUUUCGCGGUUGUCAUUGGGGACAAGAGUGGAAUGUUUUUGUCACUUGACAACAAAUCAGUGUUUCUAACUUAAGCAAGUUCACUCGCUCCUGACGCUGCAUGGGGUUUUUAUCGUGACAGAAUUGAUGGAGGUUUAUGUAAGUGUAGGCACCAAAGGUUUGUAUUCAGUCUUUUGCAAGAUGCAUUUUCCCCACCCCUGCCUUCUUCCAAAUCCUCACCCUCAUGCCAUUGUAAUAAAGUAUUUUUUAUUGAAUAU